ACUUCCGUAAACAGCUGAUUAGUGGAUUAGAAUUGAAGCUAGUGAUAAUAAAUGCUUAGAACAUAAAAUAAUAAUCUAGAAUUUAACAUCAAAUGUAUAUUUAUUUGAAUGCAUAGUCGCUGUCACAUUUCACUAUGGAAGAAAAACCCAACAAUGACAUUGAUAAGCUGGUGGAACAGUUAACGGAAGUAGUUAAAUUACAGGAUGACAAAACGCACAAUGAAAAUGAUAUUAUUAAAAUAUUAGAUUCAUUUCUGGAAGUCAAAGAUAAAUUUAUUGAAGAUGUUGAAGAUGAAACGACUGGAGAAGUUGAAGAUAUAACAUCUGAAGAAGUAGAGGGUGAAACUUUUGAAGAAGGUAAUGAAGAAUUCAAAAUAGAUGGUGUUUUUUUAAGACUUUUGUCUCAUGAAUCUGAUGCAGUAGUCGCUAAAACAUCCAAAACAAUUGCUGAAAUCGCACAAACAGACAAUGGUCGCACAAAUUGUACCGAUAGUAAUUUAGUAAAAGGAUUAAUGGAUUUAUUACAGAAAGAUAAUAUUGAUAUUCUUUCACAAGCUUCCCGAGCACUUGGAAAUAUCUGUUACGAAAAUGUCCGAGGUACUAAAAUGGUUCAAGAUAACGAUGGGCUAAAGUGUAUUUUAAAAGUAUUAGAGAGAGCAGUAAGUUUAGGUGGCGUAGAAGGAGCUUCAUUUUUGAGACACGUUGUUGUUGGUUUUUUUUUGAAUUUUCUCGUUGGUCAAAGUACUUUACAAAAGGAGGCAUUAGAUCAAGGAUUUAUUUCAAUAGCUUGUAACAUAUUAGAAAUCGAUGGACCAAAUAAUUCAAAAUCUGCAAUGCAUGUUUUACUGACAUUGGAGUUGUUAACUGAAACGGGCUUGAUGUUUUUGAAUGAGAGGCUUACUAAAGUAUUGGUGAAUCUUUUAGAUGAUGAGGAGGCUAUUGAGCGUUCUAUUUUAUGUUUGGAAUUAAUACAAGUCCAAGCUGAGCAUGAAAGUGCAAAAACUUUGUUAGCAAAAGCAGGAGCUUGCGAAUUAUUGAUGCAAUUAUUAGAAAAACAUGUGCCUAAAUGUGUAGACAAAGAUACAAGAUCCGUUUUAAAAAUGGCUUGUAAUUUAAUUGUUCUAAUUCUAACCGGAGAUGAAAGUAUGAAUGUAUUAUAUUCAAAUAGCGAGGGAAGUGUAUACAAAAAAUUAGUCGAGUGGUUAGAUCCUGAUUACGACGAAGAUCUCCAAAUAGCCGCUGUCUUAGCAAUGGGUAAUUUUGCACGCACAGAAACUCACUGUAAAUUAAUGGUAGCCCAAGGUGUUCACAAGCGACUGUUUAAACUAUUGGUAAAAAAUAGCAGUAGUGAAUCCGACAUACGUUUACAACAUGCACUACUCAGCGCAGUUCGUAAUCUGGUGAUAGCACCGAGCAAUAAACCAAUAUUGCUUUCUCAUCGCCUGAUUGAUGUAGUAUACCCUAUGCUAGAUAUUCAGACAUUUCCGGUAGUCUUCAAGCUACUUGGGACGCUGAGAAUCGUCAUCGACGGUCAGAGCGAAGCUGCUACAAUACUUGGAAAAAGGGAAGAUUUUUUGAAAAAAGUCAUUGAGUGGUGCAAUAUUGAAGAACAUCAGGGUAUUCAAGGGGAAGCUAAUAGACUCAUCGCUUGGAUCAUUAUUAACAGUCGUGAUAAAGAUGUCGUGUCUUCGAUCAUCAAGCAUGGUGCUAUUAAGUAUUUAGUUAGGAUGAUGGGUUCAUUACACCCGCUAAUGCAAAAUGAAGCUCUUCUUAGUUUAACUGUAACUACUGCCAUGUUUUUAAAAGAUUGCGAAGAAAAACUUGUUGAGGCUGAAGUCGAUAAAGCACUGAAGAAAUUUUUUGAAGAAAGUGCUUCUAGUCUUGCGAUACCGAUUGUAGAAAAUGCACUUACUUUUGCUAUUAAAAUAAUUAAGUCAGAUGUUUUAAAAGAACACUUGAAAAACGCACAGUUUCUCGACAUAAUAGAGAAAGCUAAAAGUUCUGGUAUCUGGAUCAAUUCACUGGAAGAUAAAACAGAAAAAUUGUUACGUCUUCUCAGUGUCUAAAUAAACUACAGGCUGAUUUUUCUGAUAAAAAUACUCUAUAAAUUAAAAUGUUAAAAAAAAAUUAAAAUCCAUAUUUUUACUACAGGAUUAUAUACAUAUAUUUUGAUUUUCGCAUAUUUUCUCUAUACAAGCAACAAAUCAAAAUAAAUAAUAACAUACAACAGUAAUAAUAAUAAUAACAUUAAUCGAUUUUUAUGGGUGUAUUUAAAGUAUCAUCGUAUUUAUCGAUAAAAAAAACUUUAAACACUCUAAAAAUCAUUUAUUAUUAAAAUUAACGUCAAAUGUUCAAAUUUAAAAGUCGGCAAAGCGCCAUCUCA